AUGGCCAGCGUCACUCUUGUGCGAACCAUUUCCUUCUCGAUUUACCAACGCGCCAAAUACACGUACUCUGGCUGGAUCAAGCAAGCCUGCGGGUUUGACGUCCUGCAGCACGUCAACAAACAGGGCACCUAUCCAAACCUCUAUUCCAUAGCCUGCUUUGGGGCUGCCGGUGCCUCUGCCGGCUCCUGCAUCACGCUUCUUGCUUGCCCUUUCGAAUUGACGAAACUCAGCGCCCAGGUAUCAGUCUUGUUGUCUGACCAGAAGAAGCUCGCCGAGGCCAAUUGUCGGGCUACGAAUGGCCACCAGGUUGCGGCCAGCUACCAGAACAAGGGCACGUUCAAGACUAUGUCCAACAUCAUUCGCCACCGGGGUGCUUUGGGGCUCUACACUGGCUUCAACUUGCACUUGUAUCCCAUUGACUCGGCAAAGAGCAUCUACCAACGAAACUCUCUCUUGUACUCCAAGGGCCAGCAAGUUGAGCCGCCACCGAAGAUUGAAUUCUUCAAAAAACACAUGUACCGCGGUCUUGGAGUAUCCAUGGGACGCUCGUGCGCUGUGAACGCUAUUUUCUUCUCUGCCUUUGAAUUCAUGAAGAAGCACGUCAAUUCACUCGAUGAUAACUAA